AUGGUGAUGAUGAUGGCUCCCACGAAUUUUGCCUCCAAAUGCUCGACAGCAAUGGCGAAGCCUUCCCUCCCCCUGAAGCUGUUUCUCUGGCUCUUUAUUGCCGUUAAUCUUCCUACAAGCUCCUUCCAGACUGAUGAAGACGAUGAGGUGGCUAACAAGACGUGGGUGCUGACUCCCAAAGUGUUCGAGAGUGACGUCACACACAUCCUAAACAGCCUACUAGAUGGAUAUGACAACAAACUGAGACCUGACAUCGGAGUGAAACCAACAGUGAUCCACACAGACAUGUUUGUCAACAGCAUCGGCCCAGUAAAUGCCAUCAAUAUGGAAUACACCAUCGACAUCUUUUUUGCUCAGACGUGGUACGACAGGAGGUUAAAAUUCAACAGCACGAUGAAGGUUCUGCGUCUCAACAGCAACAUGGUUGGGAAGAUCUGGAUCCCGGACACUUUUUUCCGCAACUCGAAGAAGGCCGACGCCCACUGGAUCACCACACCCAAUCGCAUGCUUCGUAUCUGGAACGAUGGUCGGAUACUCUACACCCUCAGGUUAACCAUCGAUGCCGAGUGCCAGCUUAAACUGAACAACUUCCCAAUGGAUGAGCACUCAUGUCCCCUGGAGUUUUCAAGCUAUGGCUACCCCAGGGAGGAGAUUGUUUACAAGUGGAAAAGAAGCUCAGUUGAGGUUGGGGACAUUCGCUCCUGGAGGCUCUACCAGUUCUCCUUUGUGGGCCUGAGAAACACCUCUGAGAUCGUCAGGACUGUCUCAGGAGACUAUGUGGUGCUGACCGUCUUCUUUGACCUCAGCAGAAGAAUGGGCUACUUUACCAUUCAGACCUACAUCCCAUGCACCCUGAUUGUUGUCCUCUCCUGGGUCUCAUUCUGGAUCAACAAGGAUGCGGUUCCUGCAAGGACAUCAUUAGGCAUCACCACUGUGCUGACCAUGACCACGCUGAGUACUAUUGCCAGGAAAUCCCUUCCAAAAGUUUCCUAUGUGACUGCCAUGGACUUGUUCGUGUCAGUCUGCUUCAUCUUCGUCUUCGCCGCACUCAUAGAGUACGGCACGCUGCACUACUUUGUCAGCAACAGGAAGCCAAGCGCCAAAAAGGACAGGAAGAAGAGAAACCCGCAGACACCCACGGUAGACAUCCGUCCACGCUCGGCCACAGCCAUUCAGAUGAACAACGCCACGCACAUGCAGGAGCGAGACGAAGAGUACGGUUAUGAGUGUCUGGAUGGGAAGGACUGCACCAGCUUCUUCUGCUGUUUCGAAGACUGCCGCUCCGGAGCCUGGCGGCACGGCAGGUUGCACAUCCGUGUCGCCAAAAUAGACUCAUAUGCACGCAUCUUCUUCCCCACUGCAUUUGGUCUCUUCAACCUGGUCUACUGGGUCUCCUAUCUCUAUCUCUAG